AUGGACUGGCACUCCUUCAGGGCGGCUGCGCUGCUGUUCAUUUUCCUGGUGGUACUGGAAGUUAACAGUGAAUUUCGAAUCCAGGUAAGAGAUUAUAACACCAAAAAUGGUACCAUCAAGUGGCACUCCAUCCGAAGGCAGAAACGUGAAUGGAUCAAGUUUGCCGCAGCCUGUCGGGAAGGUGAAGACAACUCAAAGAGAAACCCAAUUGCCAAAAUUCACUCUGAUUGUGCCGCAAACCAGCAAGUGACUUACCGUAUCUCUGGAGUAGGAAUUGACCAGCCACCCUAUGGGAUCUUCAUUAUUAAUCAAAAAACUGGUGAAAUCAAUAUAACAUCCAUUGUUGAUCGGGAAGUCACACCUUUCUUCAUAAUCUAUUGCCGAGCUCUGAAUGCACAGGGUCAAGAUUUGGAGAGGGCCCUUGAGCUCAGAGUCAGGGUUUUGGAUAUAAAUGACAACCCUCCUGUAUUUUCCAUGACUACAUUUAUAGGACAAAUAGAAGAAAAUUCUAAUGCAAAUACACUGGUGAUGAGACUCAACGCUACCGAUGCAGACGAGCCAAACAACUUGAACUCAAAAAUAGCCUUCAAGAUCAUAAGGCAGGAGCCUUCAGACUCUCCAAUGUUCAUCAUCAACCGAUAUACUGGAGAAAUUAGAACAAUGAAUAAUUUUCUAGACAGAGAGCAAUAUGGCCAGUAUUCUCUUGCUGUGAGGGGCUCAGACCGCGAUGGUGGGGCAGAUGGCAUGUCAGCUGAGUGCGAGUGCAACAUCAAAAUCCUGGACGUCAAUGACAACAUCCCAUAUAUGGAGAAGUCCUCUUAUUUAGUCAGCAUUGAAGAAAAUGCCCUCCACUCAGAGCUGCUGCAGAUCAGAAUCAUUGACUUGGAUGAAGAGUUCUCAGACAACUGGAAGGCAGUCAUUUUUUUUAUCUCUGGAAAUGAGGGAAAUUGGUUUGAAAUAGAAAUGAAUGAAAGAACUAACGUAGGAAUUCUAAAGGUUGUUAAGCCCCUGGAUUAUGAAGCCAUGCAGAAUAUACAGCUUAGUAUCGGUGUUCGAAAUAAAGCUGAAUUUCAUCAGUCAAUUGUUUCUCAAUAUAAACUCACAGCAACUGCGGUCACUGUAAGUGUGACAAAUGUCAUCGAAGGCUCUGUGUUCCGCCCAGGUUCAAAGACAUAUGUAGUCAACAGUAACAUGGGAGCAAACUACAAAGUGGGAGAGUUUGUGGCUACAGACCUGGACACGGGUCUACAGGCAACAAAUGUUAGAUAUGUAAUGGGGAAUAAUCCAGGAGACCUGCUAGCUAUUGACUCCAGAUCAGGAAUAAUCACUUUAAGAAACAGAGUCACUAUGGACCAAUACAGGCUGAUUGGGAGAAGGUACGAAGGAACCAUCCUAUCUAUAGACGAUUCCCUUCAGAGAACUUGCACUGGUACAGUUAUUGUUGACCUCGAUGGCUCUGGCUGGGUGACAGAAACCAAUACAGAUGGUGGUACCAGUGGUGGUACCAGUGGUGGUACCAGUGGUGGUACAAGUUCUAGUACAGACACCAGCACCAAUAGCCAGGACACUGGAGGUGACACUAGUACCAACACAGAAGAAAAUACUUCAACCGGGGGAAUGGAUGUCAACACAGAAGACAUGAAUAAUGAAGACCGACAACCUAAUACCUUAACCACGGCAGACAACGUUCACUUUGGGCCUGCUGGCAUUGGCCUGCUCAUCAUGGGCUUCUUAGUCCUAGGAUUGGUCCCAUUCUUGUUGCUGUGCUGUGAUUGUGGAGGAGCCCCUGGUGGUGGAGCCCGCUUCGAGCCUGUUCCAGAAUGUUCUGAUGGAGCAAUUCAUACAUGGGCAGUAGAAGGCCCACAGCCGGAACCCCACGAUGGUAUAGCCACUAUCUGUGUGCCACAAAUGCCACCUGGUAAUGUAAAUAUAAUAGAAGGCAUCGACAACUCCGGAGUUUAUACAAAUGAGUAUUGUGGCAGAGAAAUGCAAGAUCUGGGAGGGGGAGAAAGAGCAACAGGAUUUGAACUAAUGGAUGGAGUUAAAACAUCAGCUGCACCUGAGAUAUGCCAAGAAUAUUCUGGAACGCUAAGAAGAAAUUCAAUGAGAGACUGCAGAGAUGGGGGUCUCAAUAUGAAUUUCAUGGAAAGUUACUUCUGUCAGAAAGCCUACGCUUACGCAGAUGAAGACGAAGGACGCCCAUCCAACGACUGCUUGCUCAUCUAUGAUAUCGAAGGCGCGGGUUCUCCUGCUGGCUCAGUGGGCUGUUGCAGCUUCAUUGGAGAAGACUUGGAUGAAAGCUUCCUGGAUGCCCUGGGCCCCAAGUUUAAGAAGUUGGCAGAUAUCAGCCUCGGAAAAGAAAUCGAAUCCUAUCCAGACCCUGAUCCUUCUUGGCCUCCUCAGUGCACUGAACCAAUGUACCCCCAGCAAACAGAGCCCCUUGCUAGUGGACUCCCACCCAUAUCCCCACAUUUUGGCACUACCACAGUAAUUUCUGAGAACACCUACCCCUCGGGUCCUGGCAUACAGCAUCCUAUGCCAAUUCCUGAUCCUCUGAGCUAUGGUAAUGUCACUGUGACAGAGUCAUACACCACCUCUGGCACUCUGAAGCCCCCUGUCCACCUUCAUGAUAACCUACAGGCUUCGAAUGUGGUGGUCACGGAGAGGGUGGUGGGCCCCAUCUCUGGUGCUGAUUUACAUGGAAUGUUAGAGAUGCCGGACUUGAGAGAAGGAUCAAACGUCAUAGUAACAGAAAGAGUAAUUGCACCAGGCUCUAGUCUACCCACCUCUCUGACCAUCCCUAACUCUAGAGAGUCUUCAAAUGUGGUUGUGACAGAAAGAGUGAUCCAACCAACUUCUGGCAUGAUGGGCAGUCUGAGUGUGCACCCUGAGUUAUCAAAUGCCCACAAUGUGAUUGUGACAGAGAGGGUGGUUUCUGGCGCAGGUGUGAGUGGAAUUAGUGGCACAGCUGGGAUAGGUGGUGUUGGAGGCAGCAGUGGCCUGGUUAGCACUGUGGCAGGUGGUGGUGGCAUUGGGCUGAGCAGCUUUAGUGGAGGUGGGGGUGUGAGCAGCAUGGGAGGGACGGCCACCAUUGGCCAUGUGAGGAGUUCUUCCGACCAUCACUUCAGCCAGACGGUGGGCUCUGCCUCCCCCAGCAUGGCUCGAAGUCGAAUUACAAAGUACAGUACAGUACAAUAUACCAAGUAGUCAGGAUCCCAGAGUACUGUUCACAGUCACUGUGAUUUGCACUCAGCGCCUACCCCCCAAAAUCUAACAAUGCAGUUCAUGAUGGAACAAGGCAUGAACCACAAUGAGAUUAAUAAAUGGAAACACCACUGUGGAGGAGACUCUGCCCCGCAUUUGUAAACUUUUACCUUAAUAUUAUCACUAAUGAAAUAAUGACAGUCAGCUUGGACAGUCUUCUUUGUGGCUAUGUGGCCCACAGGACCUUCUUGGUAUCUGUGUGGCCUCUAGCAUAUCACCAGCAUGUUGAAUAAAUAAAAUGUGGUCAUGCCAAAGCACUGACUUUAAAUGGCAAUUGGAAGAAUUCUCGCUCUGUCUUGAUUUGCCAUGCAGUACAGAAAAUCAUCAAAAAAGACUUCAGCAUGCAACCUGUGCUCACUUAGUUGAGGAAGAGCUCACACUUUCUCCACAUAUACCUUGUCUGAUUUACAAGUAAUACAAAUAAAAAUCCAAGCACUGUUUCAGACCAGGGUUGAUCAUGUUAAAAAGUGUUAACCCCAUAGUUAAGUCCAUAACCCCCGAGCACACUUAACUUGACCAACUUUAACUGCAGUUGAUAAAAUCAAUUUCAAACUACGAAAUGUGCCUUAGGAAGAAAACCCCAUAGUCGGUGGCAAUAGGGUGAGAUUUGUUCAGGUAAACUGGCCACAUCUGAGCCUGAACCUCAAGAUGGGGCUUCAGUUAAGUCUCCUGUCGAGUCAAGGACUUUCCUGGUUUCAGUUUGUGUGGAUGUGACUUUGAAGAACAUUGCUUACUGGGAGGAAAUAGGAUAUCAUACAACUAUAGUUGUGAGUUAACACAAAGGAAAAUAGCCAGGUUCACUUCUUAGACUGAGCAAGUGACACCAGACACGGCUGCCCUCACCAGUGUUAAGUCACCCCCUCAGUAAGCACCUGGGGUGCACUCUUGCUCAGUUCACAGUGAGUCUUAUUUUCUCUCAUCAGCUCUUUAUUACACAACUCCAAAGUUAAUACGAUUUACUUAAGCUGAGCUGUGGGGGAAAGGCUUGCAAUAUGGUUAAGCUUUAGGGCAAUUUUAAGGGGAUUAAAAAAAAACAUGAAAACUGUCUUAAGUGGGGAACAUUGAAAAAGAAUCAUUCAAUAAAAUAACACUAUGUUACCAGCUACAAUUGAGCUUAGUGCUUUUCUCUUAAGAACCCUCUGGUGCCAUUUGGCAGAGAUCAGCCAGGACCCUUUAACAGAGCUGAUGAUGUUCUAUUGGCAAGAAUGAAACAGUACUAGACAAGCCCAUUCCUAACAAAUGUUUUUACUUGCAUAAAUGUUUAAUUCUUUCUUUUAUUUGUCAAGAACUCCUUGACUUAUCAAUGUUCUGACUUAAAGACAAUUUCUAAAUAAUAGUGGGAUAUAUUUUUCUAGCUUCAAAUUUUAGCAAUGUGCUAUUUAUGAUGCGUUAUUUCUAUGUGUUUGUCAUAUGAUGUUACCUGAUUUAAAAUUUCUAAGAAGAAUGAACACAUUCUAAGAGACAGGAACAUUUCUAUUGCAUGGUAGAGGAAUUUUUUUCUUGUUUUUAACUCAAUGUUAAAUAGGCUCACUAAAGUGAAAUGGGAUAUGACAAAUAAAAUUAGAAAAAUAUUUACCCUGGAGUUCUGAAUUAUAUAUGUUUUAUCUUUUUUUUCUCC